AUGUCUAUUCUCUCCAAGCCUAAUCGGGGGUUCUUGCUUAACGUGGACCGCAAUCCUAUACUCCAUGGUGUCUUGAAGAAGACCUUCUACGAGCAAUUCUGUGCGGGCGAGAACGCAGCAGAGACUAAGGCUACUAUUAAGGAAUUGAAGGACAUGGGAUUCCGUGGUGUGAUUAUGACAUACGCCAAAGAGACUGUGUUUGAUCACCGUACCAAGACUCAACAUGGUUUGGGUGUUGCCGCUUUGGAGGCACAGGGGAAUGGAGAACAAUUAGAUCCUCGCCUGGUCCACUGUGCCAAUAUUGAAGCUUGGCGGAAAGGAACCCUCGAAACGGUGGAGCAACUUGAAGAUGGAGAUUACCUGGCUGUCAAAUUGACUGGGGCUGGUCCUACGGUCACCGAGGCCUUUUCCAAGGGCGAUCUUCCCCCAACCCAAAUGAUGAACGCCAUGGAUGAAAUCUGCCAAAGAUGUAAAGAGCGCAACGUUCGAAUUCUUGUCGAUGCCGAGUCCCAACACUUCCAAUGGGGUAUCCUUCGAUUGACCCUCGACCUCAUGCGCAAGUACAACCGAGACGGAUACGCCGUGGUCUACAACACGUACCAAGCCUACCUUAAGAGUACAUCCGAUACUCUCACCAAGCAUCUCACCGCUGCCCAACAAGAAGGGUUCACGUUGGGUCUCAAGCUUGUUCGGGGUGCUUACAUGGCCUCUGACGAACGAGCCCUCAUCCACGAUACCAAGGCGGACACUGAUAACGCCUACAACACUAUUUCCCAGGGCGCUCUGAAGCGCACCAUCGGUGACUUUGGAACGACAACCCCCUUCCCUUCCGUCAACCUCUUCCUGGCCAGCCAUAACCGCGAGUCCGUCAUGGCCGCUCAUCACCUUCACAAGCAACGUACCCAAGCCGGACUCCCCACCGUCCCCGUCGGCUUCGCCCAGCUCCAUGGAAUGUCCGACGAAGUGAGCUUCUCUCUUCUCGCUCUUAAGGGGAGCGAUGGGACUCCGGAGGUUUACAAGUGCUCUACCUGGGGUGGCAUGGGAGAGUGUCUAGCAUACUUGUUGCGGAGGGCUAUUGAGAACCGGGAUGCGGUGUUGCGGACGAGUGAUGAGUAUAGUGCGCUUAAGGCGGAGUUUAAGCGUAGGCUGAAGAGAAGUUUCUCUUUUGUACGCAGAAAUGAAGAAAUGAAGUAUAGAUGA